GUUUUAACUUAACAACUUUCUUUUAAAAUUGCUAAGUUUAAAUAUCAACUUAUUGGUAUUCUUUAUAAAAAUACUCUCUCUCUCUCUCUUAAAAAAAAAAAAAAAAAAAACCUUCCUUAACUCUCACCAUUGGAGAUGCUAGGCAAUAGUAUCUCGGGCUCCUCAAAUUCCAAGUCAUCUAUUUACAAGCCAGAAAUAUUACUCACCAUUUAAAAAAAAAAAAAAUGGCAGCUCCGGCAAUGGAGGGUAUAGCAGUGACGGCAUUGAGAUCAGUGAUGAGCCGCGUCCGGCAAUCGGCGGCGAAAGUUGGGCGUGACCCCGGCGGAGUAAGAGUGGUUGCGGUGUCCAAAACUAAACCAAUCUCUUUCAUCCGCCAACUCUACGACGCCGGCCACCGUUGCUUCGGUGAAAAUUAUGUCCAAGAAUUCCUUGAAAAAGCUCCCCAGUUGCCGGAGGAUAUCGAAUGGCAUUUUAUUGGGCAUUUGCAGACUAAUAAAGUCAAAUCUCUGCUGACUUCAGUGCCACAUCUUGAUAUGGUUGAGGGUGUAGAUAGCCAGAAGCUAGCCAAUCAUCUUGAUCGUGCAGUAUCAGCUAUAGGAAGAAAGCCUCUUAAGGUCUUGGUGCAAGUGAAUACCAGUGGUGAAACAUCAAAAGCUGGAGUUGAUCCACCGGCAUGUAUAGAGCUUGUGAAGCAUGUCAAGUUGGGGUGUCCAAAUCUUGAGUUUCGUGGCUUAAUGACAAUAGGAAUGCCAGACUACACUUCUACCCCGGAAAAUUUCAAGACACUUUCAAAUUGUCGAGGUGCAGUUUGCAAAGAACUAGGAAUUGCCGAGGAGCAAUGUGAACUGUCAAUGGGAAUGUCUGGCGACUUUGAGCUAGCGAUUGAGAUGGGUAGUACUAAUGUGAGAAUUGGGUCUACCAUAUUUGGCCCGAGGGAGUACCCAAAGAAACAGUGAACGCUAUAAAGGCGCAUGCUUUUUUUCUAUACAUGGCUGAUCCAAUACCACUCGUCUCAACACUCUGGAGUUCCAAUGCAGAGUGUACAUGGCUGUGGCCUGUGGGUAUUCACAUUGGCUGUGAAGUCAUAAUACUUGUGCUACCUGAUUGUUUCCAGUCUUGUCACGGUUGUUGUAAUUUGUAAGCUGGAAUUUAUAUACCAAAGGCAAACAUUGUAAUAUGUAAGCUAAAAUCUAUAUACCAAAGGCAAACAUGAGCUCUCAUAAUCUGAAAACUAUUUUGUAAACUUUUGGCCCACAAUUUUACAGAAGGCCAUACAUACUCCUGCAUUGUGGUUAAACUAUACAUUUCCUACUA